UUUAUCUCUCUUCCCUUGGAAAGUAGUAGUAGUAUCUUUGUAUAGGAAAUGUGUGCACAGAUGGCAAGAGAUGAUAGGAGGAAUGCACAUUCCAUAUACUUUAAUCCCCUGAUUUUUCUCCUCCUCUCCCACAACCUCUUGCUACUAAUCUUCUUCUUCUUCUUCUUCACAAAAACCUCCUCCUGUGAUUAGUAAACAAAACAAACCAAGAGAGACCAUCAUCUGCUAGCUUAGAACUCCUAUAUAUACAUUUUCUCUGAAUCUCUCUGCACCCAAAAGCCUCCUUCUUCUUCACUUGUCCUUGUUUCUCCCAAAUCAAGAAGCACACACGUACGAGAGAGAGAGAGCAAGAAAAGGGGAGGAGGAAGAGAUCAUCAGAUCGAUCAGCGUGUGGCCAGGAGAAAGAGAAAGAGGAAGAGGAAGAGGAAGAGGAGAAGAGGAGAUGGCAAUGGAGCCGCUGCCACUCGGAUUCGGAGACGGCCUGGACGCCACGCUGCUCUCCUCCCUCUGGGCCUUCCAGGAUGAUCUGCAGCCGCAAGAGAGCAUGGAGGAGCUGAAGCAGAGCUUGAUGGCGACAACGCUGGAGCUGGACGCGGCGAAGGAGGAGCUCAAGAAGAAGGAGCAGAGCAUCGCCAAGCUCGCCGACCUCGUCCGCCAUGUCGCCAAGGAGCGCGACGACGCGCGCGACCAGCUGCAGCGUCUCCUCGCCGCCGCGGCCGCCAAGCCGCCGCCGCUCGUCACCUCCAGCGUCACCGACUCCGACGGCGGCAGCCUCGUCUCCUCCCCCGCCGCCGACAACCCCUUCUUCGACCCCGUCACCUCCUCCGACAAGCGCUGCUGCGCCAUCGCCAGCCCGCCUCCCGCCGCCAAGCAGCAGCACGCCGCCGCCGCGGGCGCCGACGCGGUGCUCGACAUGCUCGCCAUGAAGAAGCCGCUGCCGCAGAGGGGCAGGCUGCUCCAGUCCGUCAUGGAGGCCGGGCCGCUCCUGCAGAACCUGCUCGUCGCCGGCCUUCUCCCGCGGUGGCGCAACCCGCCGCCGGUCGCGCUCGACACGCUCCCCGUCGGCGUCCGGGCCGGUGGCGCCGUCUACCCCGGCGCGUCACUCUCGCCCGGGAUCACCUCCUCCGCGGCGGUGAUCGGCUACGGCGGCGGCGCCAAUGCCUGCGGGAAGAGGCCCAUGGCGGCGGCGGCGGCGGCGGUGGCGGCCAGCUGCUCGCCGGCGGCGUUCAGCGCCAAGCGGCAUCGGCUGCACUGACCGUCCGAUCCGAUGCUGUCGUGUGCACGGGAUCGGACGGCUGUCGUGCGUCCAGCUUACGACCGGUUGGUUCGUUAGGUGGUGGUCGUGUGGCCCACCUGUCAGUGACAAGGGAUUGCCAUUGAGGGCCCACUUGUCAGUGACAUGUGAUUACCAUUGAGGGCGAGCGAAUAUUUGCAUGAACCAAAAACAUUAGUAGAUGCUAACUGCUUAGUGUUAAGAGUCGUCAUGAUAGAAUUAUUAUAGAGUUGAUCCUGCUUAAUUAUGAUGUAAAUAGGAAGUUAGUAUCAAAUUUUAAUUAAACCUGUUCCUUGCUCUCUUUUUUUAUUUUUUGUUUUGACGUUUCAACUUGUGAGUGAGUGAUCGAGGGUGUUCAUAGUGUGACAUGGUAGUAAUUCUUGCUUUGCAGUGAGAUAAAGAGAUUGUUAGGUUUAUCGAGUUCAUUCAUGCCCUUGGCUUGGCUGGAAUCGGAAUUUUAUUUAUCCUUUUGGUAGAGAGCUUAUUCAUUCUUGAUAUGCUCUCUGCACAUUGAUGUAUGCUAGUAUCCAUCUACUUUGGAUGUUACAACUUGCAGAGUAAUUUAUGAUACAUCCUCAGCAUGUCUAA